CUUUUUCUUUUCUCUCUCACUAUCUGAUCAUCGGCUGGGGGGUUCGGAGAUAGAGUUCCCUCCUGCUCGGCUAGGCUGUCGCUCUGACCCGCGAAUCUUUUGAUGCUGCAGCCUUGCGACUUCUAAUGAUCCUCUUGCCUCUAUGGCUGCCCUGCGACGGGCUCAGGAUAUAGACGAGCGGAGAACUGAGGCAUCGCCUGACCGAGGUAGGGAACGUCUCAAAGACCGUCACCGUGACCGUAGCUACGACCCUCGGACAUCGUCACCAGCACCACAGGCGGGCAGACAUCAUUCCAGGCAUCGCGCCCACGACCACGACGCCCGCUCAUCAGGCAAACACGGGCGAGGCCAUUCGCGCGAUAAAAGCCUCGGCAGGGACCGCACGCGUCGGCGAAGUCGGAGCGCCUCCAAGGAGGAUCGCUAUCGAGGCUCAGAGAGGGAAGCCAGUGCAGACAGGGUUGCCCACCCCCAUCGUCGACACCACCACCACCAUCACCAUCACCAUCACCGCCACGACACGACGCCAUCCUCGAAACACUACCACAGUCGCUCCCCAUCCCCUAGGCCAUCAUCCAAACGCGUAAAACGCCCGCGGAGUCGCAGCACAGUGCGCUCCAGGUCGCCAACACGACGUGCAGAUUCCUCAGGCCGGCCGUCGACAAGAGCAUACUCGCCUCGCCCUCAUACCUCUGACCGUGAUCGGCUGCCUCGACGAAACACUCCCGACAGGCACCUCCCGCCCGCUUCACACAGGCGUCAGUCGCCAUCCGUGGAUACCUACUACAGACCAGCAACACAACGUGCACGGAAGAGAUCGGUUUCGCCCGAUAGAAGGUCCAGGCGUGAAUUUUCGCCGAGGGCAUUGUUCCCGAGGCGGACUCACAGGAGGGCCACACCGCCCUUGGAUCAUUCUCGUGAAAGGCCCUACAAACCCAGUUCUAUUCGUGGUCGAACAAGAAGUCGCAGCCGAGCACCGAGACGCGUCAGGUCUCGCUCGCCUCCUCACAGACGGUCCCCAACACCUGCUCGCAAAAGUUCGCCCCCCAGCUCCAAACGAGCUAGGACUCCAUCACGCAGAAGCCGAUCACCUCCCAUACCCAUACGACGUCGUCAAUCUCGCUCACCCUCUCGAGGGUCCAAGUCGAGACACCCUACUAAGCACAUUUCACGCAGAAGCUCACCGGUAUCUGGAUCUGGCUACAAUUCGGAUACGUCCAAGGGUCGUAGAGACGACGACAAGAUGAGAGGAGCCUACCAUUACCAAGGCCGUGGCGGUUUUCAGCAAUCUCCGCCUUAUCCUUCCCAUAAUCAAUACUCUCCUCAAAAUCAGUCACCCUACCACAGUGGCAGAGGGGGUUGGAGCAACCAGCCCUAUCCAAAUCACGGUUCUCCUCCACAUGGCUACACUUCAGGCCAAUCUCCAUAUCAUCAAAGUCAGUCCCCUGGCUACUACCAAAACCAGUCGUAUCCUCAAUCUGGUUUUCAACCCAGUUCACAUCGGGGUGGACACGGUGGCUUUCGCGGUAACAGCUUUCACGGUUCCGAUCGGCGAAUAUCAGGCCCUGCCGGAGGUGCUCCCUUUAGUGGGCCUGGUGGCCGGGGUCGAGGCGCUGCGCCUACCCAAUUUUCGAAUCUCUCAUGGACACCCGCGUCUGGAACACGAGGCGGCCGUCCCGCCACCGAGGCGCCACGCCCACAACCUGUUCCCACCUCACAGACGGUAGUUGAUUCCACAUCUGUCGACGCUGAUGACAAUCCUUUCCGCCCUUCGAAAGAUCUAAGGGUAGAGGAUGAGGGCUCAAAAGAAGAGCAAAAAUCUGCUCCUCCGGCCAAGUCUUCUGCUGCGCUCCCAACAGCAACGAAGUCGGGAUUCGGGUUCUCACUCAAGACAAAGAACCCGGUGCCCCCAGCAAGCAAAGCAAAAUUGGGGCUGGAGGAGCCUGAGAAAGCCGAGCAAGCGUCGAAAGAGUCACUACUCGAUCCAAAAGCAAAAGUUGAAGCAGCACGCGACGUUGCCCCCCCGUAUGCUGAGUCAAGAAGUGAUCGAGACAGAGAUCCAAGAGAGAGGGAUUACGAUCAUAGCCGGGAGCGAGACCUCAGGGAGCGAGACCUCAGGGAGCGAGACAUCAGGGAGCGAGACAUCAGGGAACGAGACCGUCGCUACGAUAACUAUUACGACCGCAAACCAAUCUAUCGAGAUCCUCGCGAACGAGAUCCUCGAGACAUCAGAGAUUCCCGUGAUCCCUAUUAUCGUGGUAGGGAAAGGGAUUUCCGAGACCCGCGCGACCGAGACUUCAGGGACCCUCGGGAUGUUCGAGACGGGCGUGAUAUUCGGGAAAGGGAUUCGCGGGACUUGCGAGACCCAAGGGAUAUACGAGACCCAAGGGAUGUACGAGACAUAAGGGACCGCCGGGAGCCGUACUUUCCACGAAGGCAUGAUGACAGGCGGCCAGACACACGCCCUAUUGCUCGACCAGAACGAAGGACGCCGCCCCCUCAAAUACCAAAAACCAAGACAAUUACAAAGAAGCGAGAAAAGCCACGACCUACACUAGCCCCAGAGCAUGCAACCUCGGAAUCGGUGUACUACAGGAAACCUGGCAAUGAGUCAGUGGUCGGAUCAGGCACGUAUGGAAAGGUCUUCAAAGGAGUGCAUGUCUACACAAAGGAUAUGGUUGCACUAAAGAAGAUUCGUAUGGAAGGCGAACGCGAUGGCUUUCCAGUCACCGCCAUUCGCGAGGUUAAACUGUUGCAGUCUCUCAACCAUCCCAACAUUGUCAACCUCCGUGAGGUAAUGGUAGAGAAGAAUGACUGCUACAUGGUUUUCGAAUACCUUUCCCACGAUUUGACCGGUCUUUUAAACCAUCCCACAUUUAAACUUGAAACAUCGCACAAGAAAGACCUUGCAAAGCAACUGUUCGAAGGUCUUGAUUAUCUCCAUCGACGUGGGGUUUUGCAUCGCGACAUUAAGGCGGCCAACAUUCUCGUGUCUAAUACCGGACAACUAAAACUAGCUGAUUUUGGUCUCGCCCGUUUCUACUCGAAGAGUGGCAAGCUGGAUUACACCAACCGCGUCAUCACCAUCUGGUACCGAUCCCCGGAAUUGUUACUUGGAGAAACGCAAUAUGGCCCAGCAGUCGAUAUCUGGUCAGCAGCAUGCGUACUUGUGGAGAUAUUCACGCGACACGCCAUUUUCCCGGGUGAUGGCGGAGAAAUCAAUCAGCUUGAAAAGAUCUACAACGUCCUUGGUACGCCAACAGUACAGGAUUGGCCUGGCAUCGUGGACAUGCAGUGGUUUGAGCUUCUGCGACCAACCGAACGCAAGAAGUCUACGUUUGCAGAAAAGUACAAGGAUCGUGUCAGUCCUAUGGCUUUCGAGCUGCUUCAGGCAAUGUUCCUGUUUGACCCAAAUGCACGGCCGGCGGCGGCCGACGUGCUGGAGCAUCCCUUUUUCACCAGCGAAGCCCCUGCGCCAAAACGAGCCGAGGCGUUGAAAGAACUUGAAGGGGAUUGGCAUGAAUUCGAAAGCAAAGCACUUCGGAAAGAAAAGGAGAAGCAGGAAAAGGAGGCCCGGCGGGCUGCUCGCGAGGAAAAAGACAAUGCAAGAAAGGAUGAGGGCAAGCGACGAGCGGAUGCAGCUGUGGGUGAAGAGAGAGACGCUAAGCGUGCGAAAAGUGGAGAUGUCACAGCAUAGUAUGCCAGGUAUUCAUGUUUUUGAGGGCACUGCUGAUACCAUGGACGACGGUGAUAAUGUUUGUACUAUUGAUUAGA